GAGAGCGAGCGAGAGACAGAGAGAGAGAGAGAGAAAAAAAAGAGGAAGGAAUAUGGUUUCAUCUGACGCUCCUCCCGUUUCAGCGCUGCUGUAGCGGAUCUCUAGUACGAGCAGGAGGCUGGCAGGGGCUCGGUCCGGCACAAACCCCCUCUUCCUCUACCUGACCACGAUCACCUUCUUACUAACCCAGCCUGCAGGAGCGCCACCAGCACACCGGGACACAUAAAUGGUGGAGGCCGUGGUGGAGUUCGACUAUGAGGCUCAGCAGGACGAUGAGUUGAGCCUGACGGUGGGCGACAUCAUCGUGAACAUACGGCGGGACGAUGGAGGAUGGUGGGAGGGCGAGCUGGGCGGACGCAGGGGGCUGUUCCCGGAUAACUUUGUCAGGGAGAUAAAGAAGGAGGCGAAGAGGGAUGGAGGACAGGCGAGCAUGAUAAAGUCUGAGCUCUCCAACGGACGGGCCAGUCCUGUGUCUGACCCCGGAGUACGACCGGGCAGGAAAGGUGAGCAAAUCCGUAAGCGGAGGUGUAAAGCGGCGUUCAGCUACGUGCCUCAGCAUGAAGAUGAGCUGGAGCUGAAAAUAGGGGACGUCAUUGAGAUCAUAGCAGAGAAAGAUACAUGCCGGAGCGGUGGUCCUCAGGUGGAGGAGGGCUGGUGGGAAGGGUUUCUGAACGGGAAGACUGGAAUGUUUCCCUCCAACUUCACUAAAGAGAUCCUGAAUGAGUCGGACACGCCCUCUUUAGACACGCCCACCUCGCAGGAGGAUCUACGCAGCGGCCGCACCAGUAAAGACAGCCCGGGCAGUGAAAGUGAUGGAGGAGACAGUCGGUCAGAAACAGGGUCGGGAGAAAUCCAGCCGAAGAAGAUCCGAGGGUUCGGCUUUGGUGACAUCUUCAAAGACCAGCCCAUCAAGCUCAGACCUCGAUCGAUGGAUGUGGAGUCAGAGGUGGACAAGGCCAGCGAGGGGAAAGCAGCAAACGUCACUCCGGAAGCCAUGAAGACCGAACCAGACAGCAAAGCCAAAGGGCGGGAGCAGUGUAAAGUCCUCUUUCCUUAUGAAGCACAAAAUGAAGACGAGCUGUCGAUCAAAGAGGGAGAGAUCGUCAACAUCAUCACGAAGGAGUGUGCAGACGCCGGCUGGUGGAUGGGGGAGAUCGGAGGAAGGCAAGGCGUCUUCCCAGACAACUUUGUCAAGCUGCUAGAAGUGGAGAAAGAGAGACCAAAGAAACCUCCUCCUCCCAGCGCGCCGUCAGCCAAACACACCACAGAGAAAAAGUCGGAGGUCAAGAGGGUUCCUCCCGAGCGACCUGAGCACCUGCCUCAGAGAGACCAGGAUCGAGGUGAAGAGUUGAAGGUCGGAGACAUCCCCAAGCCCUCCCUCCCAUCUCUCCUUCCUAAGAAACCCCUCCCCCCAAAGACAAGCUCCUCCUCCUCCUCUUCCUCCCAUCCCCCGCGGCGUCCCGAGAGACCGCCCACUCUAGCGUGUGAAAGCCCCAAGUCUGAGGGCGGGGCUUCGACACCAGAUUCUGCCCUUGACAGGUCACAUGACGCCGACGUGGACCUGGACGCCGUCGUCGCAUCAACAGAGAAGCUGAGUCAUCCAACGGCGUUGCGGCCUCGAGUCACAGACCGCCGGCCUCGCUCGCAGAUCAUCACAGCAUCUUCCCUGUCCACGGCCGAUCUGGACGCCCCUGCAGUGGAGGACAGGAAGGAGAAGGACAGAGUGAAGGAGGAGCCGGAGACUUUCUCCAGAUCCAUAGACGUUUCCCUGAGAAAAGGAAUUCCCACCGUCUCUGUACCUGACAGUAAAGCACCGCUGCCUGUCAAGCCCUCUGUCCUGACCCCGCCUACCUCCAGCCAUCGCCCCUCCUCCCCGUCUUCCUCCUCGGGUCUGACCCCCUCCCCCGAGCUCCGGCAUUCACCUCUGACCCCCCCGACACUGGAGGAACUCAGGAACCAGCUGAGAGACCUGAGGUCCUCCGUAGAACUGCUGAAGAGCCAGCACAGGCAGGAGAUGAAGCAGCUUUCAAACACGCUGGAUGAAGAGAAGAGGAUUCGAAUCGGUUUACAGAUGGAAGUAGAGCAGAUAAAGAAGAGCCUGUUGAAAUGAAGACUACAUCAUCCUUAUCUCUGAUGUCUGCAUCAGAGGCCAGCACAUGGAAACAUUAUCACUGUUGGCCCCCCGAGACACUUCAGCCAAAACAAAGUUUGUGCCAAAUGAUCAUCACGAUCAACAUCAGCAACGUUACAGUACCAUGGAAUCAGCCACCUCCCUCCCCUGACGCCGCCUUAUCCUGUGUUUACUUCUUUAUUCUCCUGUUUAAAGAGGCUUCUCUGUUCAGUUUACUGCUCUCUUGUCGAAGCUUGCUGUGCCACCGGUACUGACCGAACAACAGAGCUGCGGCUGCUGUGCCGGUACUGUUUUUUUUUUGUUUUGUUUGUUUGUUUUGUUUCUAACAUGUGAAGGAGACUUGGAACUUCGUAGCCCGGUUGGUUCAGACGACCUCUGUGCUGUUCUGUGUCCACUCUGCGGCCUUCUUAUCUGUGUGUGUGUGUGUGAGUGUGUUCUUAUUAUCCAUCAAUGUGAGGACUUAGGUUUUGGACCUACAAAAUAGGGACAUUUUCGUAAAGUGAGGUUGGCCGGUCCUGACUUCUUCAUCGGGGCUAGAUUAAGGUUAGAAUCAAAGCCCAUACUUUGAGGCACAUCAUUAGCAUUCGGGUUGUUCGACACACCGAGCUUGAUGUUUCUAUGGUACACUGCAGGCGGGUGAUUCUGAAGCAUCGGCUAUUAACGGCUCUCACAUUUGGACAUACUGUUUACCCCCCCACCCAACCCUUUUUCUUCUUAGCGUAGUAAAUACUUCAGUCUUAAAAGUCAAAUUUGUAGUUUAAAUUGAAAUUGAAUGUUCAGUUUGCAGCCAGAUAUUCCACCUGUUGGAAGGUGAGAGUUUUAAGCACAUAACGACUCCCCUCCCCCCAUCAAUGAAAUUAAUCAAACCAACAUGACAAGCGAUACCGUAGGUGCUACUUAAAAGAAAAGUUUUGCAAAAGUACAUUCAUUUGCUUUCUAGCUGGAGUUAGAUAAGGAACUCUUAGUCUAAAUAUGAAGCUAAAGCUUGCAGCCAAUUGGCUUAUUUCAGCAUUAAUACUGGAAAUGGGGGAAACUGAUGUAAUCUAAGUAAUUAAAUCUGCCUGCCAGCACCUCUAGAGCUCACUUAUGCUACUUUUAAACCCAAAUUAGUAUUUUAAAUCAGGUUUUUUUUAAAUGUGAAGGCAGCCAAAUGUAAAUGGAUGUAAGUUGUUUACAUAUAAAAAGCUGUGAAAAGAUCAGAUUGGAGUUGUAUGAUGACCGCAAGACUUAAAAAAGCCAAUGCUUGUGGUCAAGAAAUAAUCUGUACAACCACAAAUCAUCACUGUUACACUUUGUUUCCUCAAAUAGCUGCUAGGAUCUUUAUUUAUAUACAGCUUGCAGAGGGGACCAAGCAGGUUUUUAUAUCUAAUUCCCUCUGUUUGAUACGUACAUUUUGUCACAUUUAAGUACAGUUCCACUUGAAAUCAAGCUACUGCCAUCUUGUGGCACUUUAAUGUUACUUCGAAACAUAAUUUGUCCGAGACAUUAACAUGUGCAGUGACUAUACACUAGAUGACAAUAUCAUGUUAAAAAUAACAUAAUUGUGUUAUUGAAUCUAUUGAAUUAAAGCAAUGUAAAUAUACAGAACAUACAGUGAGGUUUGCAUGCACAUUACGAGGCCCAGAUAGUUUGUCUACCAUUGUUAUUUUCUCCUGGCCUUUAUUUGUUUGUCUUAACUAUAAUUACUGUUGGCUUUUGUACACGUAAAAUAGGGCAAUUGUUCAUUGUUGAGCUAUACAGAUGCUGGUAGGCCCUUAGUUUUCACUGAACCUGACUAGCCGUUACCCCUUGUUUACAGUUUUUAUGUUAAGAUAAGCUAACGGCUUAGAGGUGAUAUCAGUCUUCUCAUCUAACUCUCAGCAAGGAACCAGAGAACUGUAUUUACCUCGAUGUCAAACGAUUCCUCUCACACGAUCGAAAACUGCCCCGAGAUAUUUGGCUGCAGAUGAGAAGUGUAUGCAAAGGAAAAGUACAGGUCACUGCAUGAACACGCCUAUCUAUGAUCAAGAGUAUUGGUUUCUGGACUAAAAACGUAUUAUUUUACCUUUUUCUUUUUUUUUGAGUUAUUGCACUUUUGACCCACAUCUCCAGAAACUUCAAGAGAACGGCUGUGCUGCUCGCAUCACACCCCACAAAAAGCGAAACGUGCGAUCCAUCGUGAUGUUUCUGGUGGUCUUUUGGCAGCAGAUGAAGGGUAAAGUCGAGGACAGGGUUUGAGGAAUGUAGUCGGUAAAAAGGACCUCACAGGUUAGGGAAGACAAAAAUGUGUGUGUGCAUGUAUGUGUGGUAGCAUGUACGGCUGUUUGCCUCCCUUCCUUAUAUGUGCACAGAAUCUAUGGCAACCCGUCACUGUGGCCUUCCUGUUAAUGACUCCAAAUCUUUCUUUCUUCUCUUUCUUUCUUUCUUUCUUUCUUUCUUUCUUUCUUUCUUUCUUUCUUUCUUUCUUUCGUAUGACAAUGAGAAAACUGCUACAACUGAGGCUACAAGUUGUUUUCUUGACUUGGUCCUUUCUCUCCAGGAUAGUGAUAAAUAUAUAUACUUUUAUAUUUCAGUGUAAUAAAGAUGCUAUUAUGUACUGUA